AAAAUAUGAACGCGCUUGGCUUCGGCGUGAGGUUAGGAGAUGGCGCGAGUUUCCUACCUUAGUAUGCGCAUGCACAUUCGUCUGCGACGGUCACGUGGUUAUUACGUCCGGCCCACUACCGCCCGUAGACGGCGACAACGGCAACCUGCAAGUUUCCCUGUGUGCAUCUCCUUGCUGGAUUUUUUUUUUUUUUAAUUUCAUCCCUCUCGGUGCAAUAUCGGCGCGGGUAAAGAGGAUCGAAAUGGAAGUGCCCCAGAGCAGCUAAGUGGACGUGCCGUGACAGGUGUUGUGCCGUACGCACCUCCGCGCCAUGGGAUCCGGAGACCUGCUACCGCGAAACGCCGAACCGCUGCCGUCGCAAGCGUCCAAGGAAGCAGCGAGCGGCGGUAAGAAGCGGAGCGCAAGAACGUCAGUCGCCACCCCUAGAGAAACCACCAUGGCGACGGCAGGGUGCCAUCCACAGCAAAUUCCGUCAUCAGCUGUGGUGACUGAGGAUGAUAAGGGCUCGGUGAUUGCACAGUUCUACCAGGACCAGGUGGUAUUCCUCACAGGAGGAACAGGGUUCAUUGGAAAGGUUCUGCUGGAAAAACUGCUCAGAUCAUGUCCUGGUGUAAAGCAAGUCUACCUAUUGGUACGAGGCAAGAGCGGAGAAGGACCAGAGGCCAGGCUUGAAACAAUGCUCAAAUCUAAGGUGUUUGAGCGGCUUAAGCAAGAGCAACCAGGUGCCCUUCAUAAAGUGCGAGCGGUAGCAGGGGACCUGACUCAGCCGAACUUGGGGCUCAGUGCGCCUGACCAGGCCACUUUAAUUGCGAAUGUCUCGGUUGUCUUCCACUCGGCUGCCACAGUCAAGUUUGAUGAACCUCUUAAACGAGCGGUUCAGCUCAAUGUUCUGGGUACACGGCGUGUAGUGGACCUUUGUAAACAAAUGCCAAACCUUUGUGCUCUUGUACAUGUAUCGACAGCAUAUUGCAACUGUGAUAAACCAGAAGUAGAUGAGGUGAUAUACCCUCCACCUGUAGACCCCCAAAAAAUUAUAGAAGCUGCUCAGUGGAUGGAUGAUAAGAUGAUGGACACUAUGAGUGGAUUUCUACUCGGGCAGCGGCCAAACACCUACACCCUUACCAAGGCGCUAGCCGAGUCACUGGUGCUUGACGAGCGAGAAGAGCUUCCAGUCGCCAUAGUCCGGCCUUCCAUUGUCACUGCCUCGUGGCGGGAGCCCUUCCCUGGCUGGGUAGACAAUUACAAUGGCUUCACUGGUAUUAUAGUCUCGUGUGGUCUCGGCUUGUUACAGUCAGUAAUAAUAGAAAAAGAUUGCAUAGCUGAUGUCAUUCCCGUGGAUGUAGUGGCUAACAUGCUCAUCUCUGUCGCCUGGAACACUGCCACCACAAGGCCAGAGCAUGUGAGGGUCUACCACUGUACGAGCGGUACCUUACAGCGACAGACGUGGGGUGAAGUGACUGCGACGACACAGAAGCUGAUUGUGCGGCACCCACUGCCUCAUGUGAUGCGCUUCCCGAAGGUUGUUCUCACCAACAGUGUGGCAUGGCACAGUCUGAACUUGUACUGCCUCCAUUACCUGCCUGCGUGCAUAGGAGACCUGGCCUUGCAGUUAAUAGGACGAAAGCCUAGAUUUUUAUCCCUUUACCAGAAGGUUCGAAAGGGCAUUGAUGUUGUGCAGUAUUUUACAACUCACGGGUGGCUGUUCCGAUCAAACAAUGUGGUGGCACUUGUGGAGGACCUGUCCCAGACAGAUAAGCAGUUAUUCAACUUUGAUGUGCGAAACCUGGAGUGGUACUUGUAUUGGGAACAGUAUGUAUUGGGUAUUCGCAAGUACCUCUUUAAGGCUGAAGUGUCCAAGCUCCCGGAAGCACGAAAGCACAUGAAGUGGCUUUAUAUCAUGCACUUGUGUCUCAACCUCCUUGUGGUCACGUUUGUGUGGCGACUGUUGAUGACACGGUCGCAGACCGCAAGGAACCUCUGCUACUUCAUGCUGACCUUUGCCAUGAGGCUGUGCAAAAUGCUGCCCUCCCUGCGUACCCUGUGAUCUCUGCUGUCACAGAUCUUACAGUGACAACAGUGCAGUGCAAGAUGACAUGCGCCAACAACGACCAUGGCUGCUAAAAACUGCCUAGCCACCCACCGACAGUGGCCACAGAGACUGUUUCAAAUGGCCACCCUUCCCACCAUUCCUCCACUCAUUUGUCACUCGAGGAACCAGAUCUCCUUGCAGCUUCAAGUGAACAUGGCUAUGCGAAUCAUAUAGGGUAUUUAGCAGUCCAAAACGGAUGCAUUGCUGCUGUCCCUUUGGUCACUGUCAGAAAUACUUCCUACUUCAUGGGCACUUUGGAUCUGCACACACUGUAUGUGCACUGAGGAGCCAAGCACAGAUGCGCAAACCAUGCAUCUCUGCAAUGUGUACAGUGUUUGAAAUGCUGCAGCAACUAUUUCGGCAUUAUGUAGCCACUUAGAAUUCCCAUGCCAAGACUAUGCUCUGCUGUUCAAGCACAGCUUUAGCAUGCUGCAACACUGACAAAGUGCUGCUUUUGGCUAGCUUUCUUGGCAAGUUGCACAGUUUGCACAGUCCAGAUUGCAUUGGAAUUGUACUGUCUCUGGAAGUUUGAGCUUUCUGCCUUAUACGCAGCCUCUCAGAUUUUCCUGAGCCGAUACAAAUUACCAGGUAUCUCGAUGCAUGUAGAAUUGCCAUGAAGGAAACAUUUUUAAACGACAGUCAAUGGUUAUCCUUCUACUGACUCCUUUAACAAACCAGAGGCCGAAAUUUGUGACAAUUCUUUAACGUUUUCAUUCUUUCUACUCUUUGCGAAGAGCUCACAUGAAGCUGCGCCUUCACUAUUGACAGGAUCAGCCGCUUGGUGGAAUGGAUAAACGACAAAUAGAAUCAGAGGAGAAGAAUCCUCACAAAGUAUAGCGCUUGAUCUAGUUUCUUUGCAUUCUUUGAGAACUCUAGUUCAUUUUGCUAGCUCUCAGUCAACAAUAACUGGGCUUAGCAGUACCUGCUUUUUGCAUCUUGAAAUUGUGUAAGCAUUUCUUUUUAUGCACCUUGAUGAUGGCGUUGAAGAAUGUGAUAAGCCUGUGUUGACCAAGUGUUUUUAGGAUUAUGCCAUUGUCGCUCCAUAGUGCUCUUGAUUUUAGGCAGUGGAAACUUUCUAAUACACUACAGUGUGUCCUUGUGCCUUUUGUUGCAUGUUUUUGUUCUUGAACAUUGGUUACCUGCGCUUGUGUAAGUAACCAGAUUUUUUUUCUUCGAGUGAUAUGUUGCAAUACAAUCACGAAUUACAAGAAUGCUGUACAUUACAAGCAUAUACGUAGGCCUUUUUCUUUUUAAUGAGGUGACAGUUAGUGAUUAGAAAGGGAGAGUCAGCUUAUUUUUGGGGGAUCGUAUAACGUUGUUGGCAUUAAAUGUAGAAAGAUUUGAAUUGAA